GAUAGCAAAGCCAUUGUGGAUGGGAACCUGAAGCUCAUCUUGGGUUUAGUGUGGACUCUGAUCCUCCACUACUCCAUCUCCAUGCCCGUGUGGGAGGAUGAAGGGGAUGACGAUGCUAAGAAGCAGACGCCAAAGCAGAGGCUGCUGGGAUGGAUUCAGAACAAGAUCCCCUACUUGCCCAUCACCAACUUUAACCAGAACUGGCAAGAUGGCAAAGCCCUUGGAGCCCUGGUAGACAGCUGUGCUCCAGGUCUUUGCCCAGACUGGGAGUCCUGGGAUCCACGAAAGCCUGUGGAUAAUGCACGAGAAGCCAUGCAGCAGGCCGACGACUGGCUGGGUGUCCCACAGGUCAUCACUCCUGAAGAAAUUAUUCACCCUGAUGUGGAUGAGCACUCCGUGAUGACAUACCUCUCCCAGUUCCCCAAAGCUAAGCUCAAGCCAGGUGCUCCUCUGAAACCCAAACUCAACCCAAAGAAAGCCAGGGCCUAUGGCAGAGGAAUUGAGCCCAUGGGAAACAUGGUGAAGCAGCCAGCCAAGUUCACUGUGGACACCAUCAGUGCUGGGCAAGGAGACGUGAUGGUGUUUGUCGAGGACCCAGAAGGGAACAAAGAAGAGGCACAAGUGACUCCUGACAGUGACAAGAAUAAGACGUACUCUGUGGAGUAUCUGCCCAAGGUCACCGGACUGCAUAAAGUAAGAUGAGGCAUUGUAACUGUGCUUUUUGGGCUUGCUUUGAUAACUGUAGAAGAAGAAUGGUCUUGGUGGUGGUGGUUGUCAUUUUGCAGUGCUGGGAUUGAACACCCGGGACCUCUCACACAUUAGGAAAGUGCUACACCUGAGUUACUCCUCCAGUCCCAAGAGUGGUUUUCUGAUUACUGAAGUAUCCAUGCUCUUGAGAAGGUUUGGAAUCCCUAUGAAUUGAACUUGAGACAUGAGCUAACGCAUCUCCAUUGGCUAAAUUCCACAGGGAGGUUCUUAGUAAUGUCAUAAGAUUUUCUAACUCCGUAUGGGCACCUGGUGGUACAGCUAUAGGCCUGGAGUGUAGAUGCUGUCGUGACCACACUGUGGUCUCUGUCCUUAAUACUUCCUUAAGUAUUCUCCUUUGAGGUGGUCUGAAGCUUUGAAGCCAAGGAUAAAGGAGCCCAGCUAACUGUAGUGGAGGAAGUGACUCACAAAGUAUCUGGGAGGUGACAGCGAUCAAACCCCAGGCCCUUCAUCUCUGUGUCAUAUU